CUUUACCCUUCAUUCUCUCUCAUCUCUCUCACAACUCACAUCUCACCAGUCUCUCUCUCUGUGGCGAUUCCAGAUCCAGAUCUGGAUCUAGGGUUUCUCUGCUAUCUCUCUCGCGAUCCAAGCUAUUCAGAUCCGCCUUUCCAUCCAGAUUGAAGCGGUGGACAAAGAUUGAAGCGGCGCGAGCUAGGGUUGUUACGAGACUCAGGUUAACUCCAGCAAGAAUUCCGGUAAGCCUCGAUUAGUUGAUUCAGUUGCAUGUUCCUUUUUAAGUUAGAUCGGCAUAUGUUGUUUCGGUUGAAGCUAUUUUCGAAGUUACAGAAGUCUGGUGAGGCUCCGGCGAGUUCUCCUGUGGUGACUGAUGAAACUUAGUCUAUAUCUAAAGCGGCCUUUGGCUUGCUGGUUAGUGGCCCUUCAGGGCAAAUAACUUGGAUUCGAGGCGGCCCAACAAGUUUGGAUAUUAGGAAUAUAAAAGAGGCUAUUGACGAACGGAAGCGGUGGUGGUGACAACCGACGGCGGAGAUGACCUCCGGUCGCCGGACAAGUGAUGAUUGACGAUGAUAGUUGCUUGGGUGCUGGUCUACCAAGUUUGGAUGCAACUGGAGGUUUGGUGAGGUAAUUCGGUUCAAUAUGCGUAUGUUUGGAACAACUACUGUAAACGGCAGGUUGAAAGGUGGGCAAAACAAUACAUUGCUUCUACUGGUGAAGGAAAAUCCGAAAGGAACCCUAAAAUGUUAACAUUGAUUGAUUGGAUACGUAAAAAUAUUUCGUCUGAAGAUUCUUCAGGAAGCACGGCAGGUCUUCUCCACCGUGAUUUUCGGAUGGAUAAUUUGGUUUUUCAUCCUAUUGAGGGAAGACAAUGGCCUGUUGCCGGUUGGAAGUUUUAUAUCGCAUUUUCACUUUUUCGUGGUGCAUCAAUCUUAGCUGGUGUCGCAGUAGAUAUAUCAUGGGUAAUGCAUCAGGUGGAAAGCGCGCUCAAGAUGCAGGGGAAAAAGCCAAUGGUCUUAUACAAAUUGCGUGGUCUUAUAUACAAAGGGAAAAUGUUCUGUCACAAUCCUCCAUCUGGAUACCAUAUCCCGAUAUUUGAAAAGGGAUAUGAGAAAGACCCUGCGAUUGUUGCUAAGGAAGCAAUUCAGGAAGCCACCCGUAACGGAUCAGACGUUGUUCUCAGCGGGUCGCACGCAGACAUUCGCAGGACAAUGAACCGUUGAUGCGUGCACUAUCCAAGCUUAUAUACGUCAACAGUCCAGAUCUUAGAUCUUGUACUUUUUGUCGGGGAAGCAUUGGUCCGACAACAAUAUCUCCUAUUUUGGUUGUAUAAAGUCCUUUGGGACAUGUGUAUAGUUCUUACGGUGGAUGUCGUGGUGAUUCCCAACAAAGGGGGCGUGGCCAUCUAUUGAAGUCAUCACAAGUGCAAGUGGGUUUCGUUCUUGGUAGAUUUGGAUCUGUUUCGGCCUCGGUUAAACGGGUCAACACUAUUAAUCAUGUGUAUUUUUGCAAAAUUAGGAUGCUCUUUUUGUUUC